UGCUCUAGUGACUUCCGCUUUCGAGCACAGCUAUUUCAUGUGGUUAGACAGCUUUGGACUAUUGGAUCUCCGAGAUAUUCAUAUUUGAUAUACUCUUUAUUCAAUACAGAGGUUUAACUCAGUGCAGCUGGACACCCAUUCUGGUAGCAUCACUGAUGAUGGAUGCCACAUCAGCAGCUGGAGUUCUUCAUCCCUACUGGCCACGGGACCUUUUGAUUCCCAGCUAUGUGGCCAAUGACCGAUCCAUGUCAGAGAUCCUGGUGUUCCUGUUUUCUGUGUCUGGGGUGUUUCUGCUUCUGACCUGGCUGAUCACCGGCCAGAGAGGGACCACCGGCAGGCUGGGGACGUGGAGGCGUCUGGCUUUGUGCUGGUUUGCCGUUUGUGGUUUCAUCCAUGGCGUCAUCGAGGGAUGGUUCUCAUUGUAUUAUGAUGUUAUCCCAGGAGACCAGAGCCUGCUGUCACAGCUGUGGAAAGAGUACUCCAAAGGAGACAGUCGAUAUGUAAUAGCGGAUAACUUCACAGUGUGCAUGGAGACUGUGACUGCAUGGUUAUGGGGACCUUUCAGCUUUUGGGCUGUGUUUGCCUUCUUAACUAACAAGCCAUACAGAUUUGUUCUGCAACUCAUCAUUUCAUUAGGUCAGCUGUACGGAGCAGUGCUUUACUUCUACACGGAGCACAGAGAUGGUUAUGCUCACAGUGAGUUGGGACACCCAAUCUACUUCUGGUUCUACUUUGUGUUCAUGAACGUGCUGUGGAUCGUCAUACCGCUGGCGCUCAUUGUGGAUGCGUGGAAACAGCUGUCAGCAGCCCAGACACACACUGACAGAACAAAGUCUAAGAGGAACUGACACCAGGAGGAACUGACUGUGGGACUGUAGGACAAUUACUACAGGAGAUACAAGGGAAAAGUCAACUGGGGACAGCAUACACUUAAUUGAAAAACUCUGUGUUUAAAGAUGAGACAAAAUAAAUGAAUUGUUUGGAGUUGGACAUCUCUCAUCUACGGGUUGUCAUGUUGUACCUGUAAUCUAUGAACUUAAUAUUAAAGUGCAACUUGUUCCUUGUGCAUACGACAAUAUAGCUUUGCAUUUUGUUCUGGAUUUGUGGGGCCUCGGGGAGAAUAUAAAUAAAGAAUCUGUUUUCUCAA